AUGCCUUCCGCAGCGACGCUCUCGAUCGACCCACGCAAGUGGGCUGAGACGAUUGAGGAGGCAGGCGCCGAAUGCUUCUGCUCUGCAGUCUCUGCGAAGAACGUCACCCACGUCCUGUCGACCGCGACGGUGCGCGCACCGCAGAAGCAGCUGUGCGCCGCGGUGAGCAACUUUGUGCCGGCGAUGCUGGAGAGUGUUCACGGCGUCUCGAUCUUGACUGCGCUGGUGCGCUAUGGCACCACGGCGACGGUGGAGCAGGUAACCAGCAAGCUCCUUGCAGCGGACGAGGGCGUAUGGUCAUUCACGGCGGCUCCAAAGAAGGAGAUGACCAAGUGCCUGUCACAGCUGCUAGAGCGGCUGGCCUACCGCGAGGACUGCACCGGUGAAUCCCACAAGGCACUUUUUGGUUCUCUGAAGGCUGUCAAGAAGCAGGCGCUGAUGACGUCCCCCUUUACACUGCCCGCCACCGCUCGCCUCGCGCUGGUGGACGACGCAUUUGCUGCAGCGCUCCUGUCCUCGAGUGAGGCGCAGAGGGCGCUGGGCAGAUCGUGUCAGGACGCCGCCACCGCCGCCGCUGCGGAGGCGUUUUGCUGCGCACUGUUUGAGAGGGCGGCGGACGACGCGGCCAGUGACUUUGUUUGGAAGGCACUGGCGGCUAGCAUGAAGCCAGAUGCCAAGGCGCACCCACGCGAGGCUAUCCUCGCCCUCCUCGCAUCGCACGCGCCGGUGCCGCUGGUGAAUAAGGUAACCAGCGCGAUGGCACAGUGGCCGACGGUGCGUGAUUUGUGCACCCGUGAUUCCUACGCGCACAUCGUCGCCCAUCUGCUAGAGCGCUGCGACGACGAGAGGGCGGGCAACAGACUGGUUGCUGCCGUUAUCACUCAGGAGGCGGACGUGACACAGCGGAUGGGUGCGCGCAAGGCGGCCCAGCACCACCUUCUGGCAGCGCUCACAGCAAAGCCCAGCUACGCGCAGGCCCUGCAGAAGCGUCUUGGCACCUCGCAGACGAAGCGCCUGGCGGCGGCAAAGAUGCGCUUCGCAAACGCUACACAGCCAAAGGCGAUAACGACGCAGCGGGUGAUACUGGAAAAGCUGAAGAAGCUGCGCAGCACUGCCACUUCCUCCCUUGGCGCCGGGGUGAAGCGCGCGCGUGAGUGA